UUUCAGGUUAAAAGUAAAAUCGAGAGUUAUUAUGGAAGUAAGUCGCCAUUGGCUGUCUUUCCAAUAAUUAUUUUUACAUAUGUGGCUAAUUAUUUUUCUGUUUACCCAACAAUUAAUCUUCCAGUCAACCUAAAUUAGCUUUUUAAUCAGUGCCAUUUGGUUGACCAUUCAACAUGUCGGAGUGUAAAAGUUUAGGUGAUAUCAUUGGUGAUUGGGGACGUUGGCAAACUAAUGUCUUCCUGUUUGCAAUUGUUAAUUAUGUUUUACAAUCGUACAAUAGUAUGAGUUUCUCGUUUUAUGCACCUAAAACAAACUUCUGGUGUGCCGACUAUCCAUCAUCUCAGAAUGAAACGUUAACAAGUGCGGAAAAAUGUGAAAAAUUUGUCGACUGUAAGAAAUGGGUUUACGAUGACAAUUUUGACUCCACAAUUAUAUCAGAGUGGAACCUUAUUUGCAAUAGAUCAAUGUUGUCAUCUUUAACCCAAACUGUCUUCAUGGUUGGCUAUAUACCAAGUGGACUGAUCCUCGCUCUGGUUGCUGAUAGGAUCGGCCGAAAGUCCAUCAUUUGGACCAGUUUUACACUGGAAAUUUUAGCAGGAAUAUCAUGCAUUUUUUCAUUCUCCAUUUGGCAAUUCAUCAUAUCAAGAUUACUGCUCGGAAUUGCUGUUUGUAUGCGAGGAAAUGUCCUCUUUGCUCUCUUUUUUGAAAGCUGUGGUAAAAAAUAUCGUGGUGAUACAGGGAUUUUACUGACCGGUGGAUGGAUUGUAGGAUUUAUCAGUUUACCUGGGAUUGCUUAUUUCAUCCGAAAUUUCAGGAUUCUUCAAGCAUUCGCCACUCUAUCCGUUCUUGUCUUAUUAAUAUGGUCAUUUUUCAUUGAUGAAUCAAUAAGAUGGCAGAUAACUCAUAACCAAGAAGAAGAAGCUGAAAAGACGAUGAUCAAAGCAUAUUCAAUGAACAACAAGUCAAACAUUAUUGGGGAUGGUAUACGACGAAAGAUGAACUCAUUUUGUGAAAAUAUUAAGGAGGAAGCUAGGGAAGCCUCGACGGCUAAUAAACACUAUAAGCCCAGUGUUUUGGAUCUACUUCGCACACCUCGAAUCAGACUUUACACAAUUAUAUUUUGGAUUGUGUUUCCAAUCAACUCUCUAGUCUAUUAUGGCAUAUCGUACAGUGUUGGUGCAUUUGAAGGCGAUUUAUAUCUUAAUUUUGUAAUUUCUGGCCUUGUUGAAAUACCGGGAAUGAUUUUUACCCUUUUACUGUGUCGUUACUCUGGUCGUCGACUAUUUACAUCCUACAAUAUGAUCUUUUGCGGUUUAACCUGUUUAUGUGGUUUAAUUCCAAUCCAAUCAAUGCCUAAUUUUUCAACAAUAUUGCUCUUCUUCGCCAAAUUUUUUAUAACCAACUCUUAUAAUGUUAUUAUAGUUCAACAGAAUGAAAUAUUUCCCACUGUUCUUCGCACAGCUGCUGGUGGCUCAAUUACGAUUGCUUCAAGAGUUGGUGCAAUGGUGGCUCCAUUUACUCCUCAAUUGAUUAAUCAAUUUGGUAUAAACUUUAUUCUUACCUUUUUUGCUUUUAUAUCACUUAUUGGUGGACUUUUGACAUACUUUUUACCUGAAACUAAAUCUAUUGAUAUACCUGACACAGUCCAAGGAACCGAAAAGAUUGGCCUGGACAAUAAGUCUUAAUGUACAAUCAGUGACAAUCUUUUAAUUUUAACAUUGUAAUCUAUUAUUUCGUUUGUUUUUUACCUACAAAAUACAUUAAGUUUCAUCCAAAAUUUUGUUGAGCUCUGUAAGUUCAAUACACUUUUUGAUUAUUGAAAAUCAUUUCUUACCAUUUGCAAUACUUUCAAGAUGAUUUGAAUGAAACAAGUUGAAUUAAGCUUGAAUUAAAUGAGAAUAAAUAA